UCUCCUCCACCACCACCAGAUGUCGGGAUGGUGCGAGCGUGUGUUGCUGGUGUUACUGAUAGGUGUGUGGUCAGCUGUGGGUCAGCAGGUGGGGCACGUGUGUACCCGGGUGGACGGGACGCAGGGGGUGAUGAGGGACCUCCGGGAAUGCCUACAGCAGGGUGGGUCCACCGAGAGCGGCAGCCAGCUGAGGCUACCUGGCGCCACAGAUUUUGACCGAGUCAUCGUGUGUUGUAGGACCAGCUCUGCCGCCAUUGCACGUAACAAGUGCUUUGAGUGGCAGCAACAGAGGAGACGAAGUGGAAGCAGAUGUACCAUCACUGUGCCGCUGGUCCAUGGUGGUGAAAGUGCCCUCGUCAGAGAGUUUCCUCACAUAGUGUCGCUUCUUGAAGAUACUAGCCGUGGUCUACGGCAUGUGUGUGGAGGCUCACUUAUUGCCCGGGACUGGGUGCUCACUGCAGCCCAUUGUGUUCAGUUUCCUACACCAAGGCUUGUGGCACGUCUUGGAGCCCACGAUUUUCGCGAGAGAGAACCAGGGAUAAGUUACGAUGUCAUUGUGGCUUCCUACUUCAUUCACCCAGAGUACGAGGAACCCAGACGCUAUAAUGACAUUGCUCUUUUGCAGCUGAAGUUUGAGGCUCCAGUGACUGAUAGGAUCCAGCCAGCAUGUUUGCCCUACGAGAACAAAAGGGUGAGAGGUGGAGAGGAACUGCUAGUGGCUGGCUGGGGUCUAACUGGUCCAGGAACACGCACAUCAGAAGUACUACAUAAGGCGCAGGUACGGUCUAUGUCAAGGUUCCAGUGUGACCAGCAUGAUAUACUCAGACUGAAUGCCGCUAUUGAUUACCCAUCUGGAAUCACCGACAGCAUCAUCUGUGUGGAUGAAUCUAAUCAAGGCUCUUGUCAGGGUGACAGUGGAGGACCGCUGAUGUUUGAGCGAGGUGGACAGUGUGUGCAGGAGGUGGUGGGUCUGGUGUCUCGUGGUGUGAGGGGGUGUACCAGCAGCAAUGUACCAGGUAUCUACACCCGGGUUGAGUACUACAGGGAUUGGAUUGUUGAUAAAGUGUGGAAAGAUGCCUUCUGAAGACCUGCGUGUGAAUGUUUCCAUGCAUUAGACUGUAGGUGUCUUCUUGUCAUAUGUAACAGAACUCUGGACAUAGUAACUCCAAGUCCUCUUCAAUUUUAAUGUCAUGUGCACUUCAUUACCUGUAUACGAUUACGUAUUACAGUAAUUCAAAUUCUAUAAUAGUGUACAAUAUGGAUAAUGAUACAGCUCUUCCUCAGUAUUUUACACUUCAUUGUUUAAGUAUUUAUGCUUGUUUAUAUUAAUUUUAAAUGUGGGAGUAAAGUACCAAUGGAUUGUACUGUUGUGAAUUAUUAUGACUAAAGAUUCUAAGUAAUAGAUAAUGCUCGGUAUGUGUGAGGUUGGUGAGAGUAGGUGUUGGAAAGUAAUCUUGACGGGGUAUACUGAUGAACUUAAGAACAGCAGUUAAGUACAGUAUAUGUAAUUUGCACUUCUGAGCAGUAGUUAAGUAAAUGUAGUUUGAACUUAAGAACAGUUGUUCAGUAAAUGUAGUUUGAACUCAUGGACAGUAGUUAAGUAAAUGUAGUUUGAACUCCUGAACAGUAGUAAGUUAAGUAUAGUAUAUGUAGUGUGAACUGAUGAACAACAGUUAAAUAAAUUUAGUUUGAAUUUAUGAACAACAGUUAAAUAAAUAUAGCUUGAACUUAUGAACGAUAGUUAAAUAAAUGUAGUUUGAACUUAUGAACAACAUUUAAGUAAAUGUAGUAUAAGAAUACCUGUAAUUAGAAUCGCUGUUAAAGAGUUUCAUGCAUGUUGAUUCUAAAUACUGUACAGUAAAAUACAGUAAAUACAAAAUUCCUUCUACUGUAUUUGUAUGUAAUAUUUCACAUAUCAGUAACAAUGUAAGUACUUUUAAUAUGUAUUGUUUUUGGUUACAGUAGAUUUUUUCUUGUAGACAUAUGUACUUUUCUAUGUUGUAAUAUCUAAUGGAAAUACAGGCUUGUGUUUCGUUAACCAUAAUUCAAGUGAAUAAUUUUAGAAUUUAGAGAUUACCUGAAGAUUAAAUCCUCCCCAACUUAUUUCGCCUGAUUAUAUUGAACACCCAAACAUUGCCUUGGGGGAGUUAGGUUAGUUUAGGUAUUUCAUUCGGGUGCUUAAUAAUCAUUCGAUAUAAGCUGGGGUGCCUAAUUUUCAAGACUGAUCCCUUUAACUUUCUGUGCCGAUAAAUAUACUACUAUACAGCACACCUGCCCCAACCACAGUAUAAUGAACCAUACAAAUAUACUUACUAAAUAUA